AUGGCCACGGCGGCUUCUAACCCCUACCUGCCGGGGAACAGCCUGCUCACGGCCGGCUCCAUUGUGCACUCGGACGCUGCCGGGGCGGGCGGUGGCGGAGGGGGCGGUGGCGGCGGCGGCGGGGCGGGGGGCGGCGGCGGUGGCAUGCAGCCCGGGAGCGCCGCUGUGACCUCCGGUGCCUACCGGGGGGACCCGUCCUCGGUCAAGAUGGUCCAGAGCGACUUCAUGCAGGGGGCCAUGGCUGCCAGCAACGGCGGCCAUAUGCUGAGCCACGCGCACCAGUGGGUCACCGCCCUGCCCCACGCUGCUGCCGCCGCCGCCGCUGCCGCCGCCGCCGCCGUGGAAGCCAGCUCGCCGUGGUCGGGCAGCGCGGUGGGCAUGGCCGGCAGCCCACAGCAGCCUCCACAGCCGCCACCGCCGCCGCCACAGGGCCCCGACGUGAAGGGUGGCGCUGGACGCGAAGACCUGCACGCCGGCACCGCGCUGCACCACCGCGGGCCUCCGCACCUCGGGCCCCCGCCGCCACCCCCUCACCAGGGCCACCCUGGGGGCUGGGGGGCCGCCGCCGCCGCCGCCGCUGCCGCCGCGGCAGCAGCAGCAGCCGCUCACCUCCCGUCCAUGGCGGGCGGCCAGCAGCCGCCGCCGCAGAGUCUACUCUACUCCCAGCCCGGAGGCUUCACGGUGAACGGCAUGCUGAGCGCGCCCCCGGGUCCCGGCGGCGGCGGCGGAGGCGCGGGUGGUGGAGCCCAGAGUCUGGUUCACCCGGGGCUGGUGCGCGGGGACACGCCCGAGCUGGCGGAGCAUCACCACCAUCAUCACCACCACGCUCACCCGCACCCGCCGCAUCCUCACCACGCGCAGGGACCCCCGCAUCACGGCGGCGGCGGCGCGGGGCCGGGACUCAACAGCCACGACCCGCACUCGGACGAGGACACGCCGACGUCUGACGACCUGGAGCAGUUCGCCAAGCAGUUCAAGCAGCGGCGCAUCAAGCUGGGCUUCACCCAGGCCGACGUGGGACUGGCUCUGGGCACGCUCUACGGCAACGUGUUCUCGCAGACCACCAUCUGCCGCUUCGAGGCCCUGCAGCUCAGUUUCAAGAACAUGUGCAAGCUCAAGCCACUGCUGAACAAGUGGCUGGAGGAGGCGGACUCGAGCACCGGCAGCCCCACGAGCAUCGACAAGAUCGCGGCCCAGGGCCGCAAGCGCAAGAAGCGGACCUCCAUCGAGGUGAGCGUCAAAGGCGCGCUCGAGAGCCACUUCCUCAAGUGCCCUAAACCCUCGGCCCAGGAAAUCACCAACCUGGCCGAUAGCCUGCAGCUGGAAAAGGAGGUCGUGCGGGUCUGGUUUUGCAACCGGCGCCAAAAAGAGAAACGAAUGACACCCCCGGGCAUCCAGCAGCAGACGCCGGACGAUGUCUACUCGCAGGUGGGUACCGUGAGCGCUGACACACCGCCACCGCACCACGGGCUGCAGACCAGCGUGCAGUGA